GUUAUCGUCCAUCUACAACAAGCAACAUAGAUGUUUUGAAAAUAGUGAAAAAAUAUUUUCAUCUAAAUUUGUUUAAUUAAAAAAACGUGCUUGGCGAUUGUUUAUAAUAAACAGAAGGGGAUUUUUUUCGCAUACAAAGAGAAAUAUAUAGAAGGAGAGGAGAAAAGAAAACAAAAAGAAAAGAUUGUUUGAAACGUGGAAUAUAAAGGGAAAAAUGACGCUCGUCUUCUAUCCAAAUGAUUGUAUCAUUUGUAAAAAAAGAACGUCACUAAAACGUUGCAGUCGCUGUCAAAUGAUUUCCUAUUGCGGCGAGGAACACCAAAAGGAACAUUGGCCAAAGCACAAGGAAUUAUGCCGCGUCAUAUCCUGCAUAACAAAAGUAAAACACCUCACUCAUCUCUACGAGGAUUUACGUGGAUGCUCACUAAACGAAUGGACAAAUUCACGAAUUGUCAUGUGGGAUCGUAUAACAACAAUAAUGGGUCGUGAAUUGGAUAAUUACGAAUCACAAAUGUUACACUAUCCACGUUGUUGUUUCAUUUGUUACGACACGCGGCAAGCAAAUUUAACAAAUUGCCCCAAUUGCCCGUGGGCAUCGUUCUGUCAAAAACAUCCCCAAACAUCCGAACACAAUAAAUUAUGCUCACAAAUCAACACUUGUCACAGUCUCGAAUGUGACGAAUCACUUCGCCUUCAAGCAGCCGGUUAUCUCUAUGAAUCAUUAUUUCUAUUUCCAAAUAAAUUAAAAAAAUCACCAACAACAACCAAGGAAUAUUUAAAUGCAACAAUGAAAUUUAAAUUCAACGAGAAAUUAACGAAUAUCGCAUCAAUGCUCAUUUUCUAUCCACUGACAAUUUUUGGCGUUCUACAAAAAUUAAAAAUACCCAAAUUAACGAAACUCAUCGUUUACAUUAAUUUACGCGAUAAAUUUAAUAUUAUCGAGCAAUUUUGUGAAAUUAUACUUCAUCUUGUUGAUAAUUUGCAAAGUUUGACAAUUCUAGUCGAUAAAUGCGAUAUGAGAAAAACUAGUAAAUUAUCAUUGUGUCCCAAAUGCGAUAAGAAGAAUAAAACAUUAAUCGUUCAACGUUUCGCUGAAGUGUCGAAUUUUGAUUUUAAAACAAUUGAUCUUGCAUUGUUCAACAAUAUUAAUCCAAUUGAGGAAUUUAAGUGGUCUUAUCAAUCAUUUUUGUCGGUGAAGAAAAUGUGGCCAAAAUUAACGUGUCCAAUUGCAUUGACAACCGAUACGGAUGUCACGAUGAAAACUUUGAAAAAUUAUUUUCAAGCUAUUUGCUCAAAUAUGACGAUUAUUUACAAUGGUCACAAUGAUUUUUCCUCAUUGUAUUUGUAUCGCGAUUGGGAGGAUUGGCGAGUGUCGAAGCAUUCGCAAUAUAUUCUGAUUGGAAAACCAACGGCGAAACCUGUUGAAAAUGUUGCGAGAAAAUUGGAGCAAAAUGUUACGAGAAAAUCGGAGGAAACUGUUACGAAAAAAUCGGAGGAAAAUAUAACGAAAAAUUUUGGAUGUGCGAAGAAACCAGCGGCGAAUAUUACAAAAGUAGAAACGCAAAUAUUGCGGAAUGUUGAGGGGAAGAAAAUUUCUGGUAAUUAUAUUAUUAGACAAUUUUAUCCAGGAGUUUGUCAUGUUUGUAAAAGUUCGAAUGCAAAUGUUACUUGUACGAGAUGUAAAAUGAUUUUUUAUUGCGGCAAUGAGCAUAUGAAGGAAAAUCAAGCGGAGCAUAAGGAGAUUUGUCGAGUUAUUCUGCGAAUGUUGAGUGAAAAAGGAACGCCACAUCUUUUCGAUAAAUUGGGAAUUAAAAAUGAGAAAGCAUGGUUCGAGGCGAAAAUUAAAUUUUUGAAACAAGCGAAAUUAAAAUUGAAUCGAAAUCUACAGAAUUUUGAGAAGGAAAUGUUCUUUUUCCCGAAGACAUGCUUUGUUUGUCACGAGAGCGAUUUGAGCGUGCUGAAAACUUGUAAAUGCGGUGUGAGCUUGUGCAAAAUUCAUCGCGACAACGUUGAACACAAAAAUCUCUGCGACAAUUUCCAAAUGAAUUUGAACUUCGAACGUAAUAAGAAGAAACUUCAAGACGAAUUAAACGUAUCGUCAUCAACGUUAAAUAAAAAUCAUCAACAUUUACCAACGAAUAUGAAUCAAUUUAUUGAUUUACAUUUCAAAUUAUCCAACGGUUCAUUAAAGGGAGCGGAGAAAAAUUUACAUAAAACUGUUCUCUCUGAUUUUAUAACACGACCAAUGACAAUAAUUUAUUUAGUGGAAAAAUUGAAAAUUCCCGUUCCCGAUGUAUUCACAAUUCACGUUAUUGGUGCAAUUAAUGAUGAAUUUUAUAAUGUCGAUUAUUGGAAUACAAUUUUGUAUUGGUUUAAAAAUUUAAAAUAUCUAUUCAUCGAUUUCAUUGGAUUGGAAAUUAAUGAAUGCUUCGAUGAUUUUCAAAGUAAGGAACCCUUUAAUUUCUGUCACUCCAACGAAAUUAAAGACAAAGAAUUGAGUUUUAAUUCAGUUAAUGAGCGUUACGAUGAAUUUUGUGAGGGUGAAGAUUUCGACACGCCGGAUUUAAUAAUUGGCUUUAAUUUAAAUCUAAAUGAGAGUAAUUUGGAAAUUGCCGAUUGCACAUGGAAGAAGACGGUGAAGAAGAUUGUUGAAUUAAAAAUUCCAUUUGUCAUGACGGCAAUGAGCGAGACGCAAGCAAAGAAGGAUCAUGAAAUAUUCUGCUCGCUUUUGGGUAGAACAAUUAAUUACGAUUAUUUGGAGAAAAAUCCCUAUUGCAGUUUAAUGCCGGAGAGAAAUUACGAGAACGAGAGAAUUUGCUAUUCGAAUAGUCAUUUUGUUGCUUAUCAAAAAUUCACUGCUGGGAAAAUUGUCAAGAAAGUUACUUGUUCGGAGAUUAAAAAUCAGACCGCGAAUGGUAAGAAUAAGAAUUCAAUGGCAAAGACAUCGGUGACAAGUGGAAGUAAAAAAGUGGAUGUUAAAGAAAAAGGUGAAAGUUCGUCGCUAAAAAAAGUUGAGGGAAAAAUUGAAGGAGCGGAGAAAAUGAAUGGAGAGAAAAAUUUGAAACUGAAUAAAAAUAAUAGUGAUUCAAAGAAUUCGCAGAAGAAAGCAGUAAAUGAAAAUUCUCACGAUCAUCAAGGGAAAGCGAAAAAUAAUGAGAAAUUGUUGAAGGAUAAUGAAAAACUUCAGCAGACGAAUAAAAUUCUUCAAGAGAAUCUACGACUUAAGGAAGAAAACGAAAAAUUGAAGAAUCAAAUUUUAAAAAUGAGUUUAAAAGACUAAGAGAGAACAAUUUUUAUUACCUGUAAACGUCUUAUUCAAAGUAUUUUUAUUUUUGAAGUUUAAAUAUAUAAAAAGAGUUUUUUAAA